CAGCGUGUACUCUGAUGACAACAGUUACAGGACUUAUGUUUACAGACAUGAUGCAUGAAUGCCCUACCACCUUGGUAGACGCUUCUCUAUACGGGUGUUUCGAGCUCUGCUGGAGGGACAUACAGUGUUACUCGUUUUUCUUACGUGAGUCCAGGCAGAGAUGCUGUCUUGCUGGAAGUCGUUACCUUGUCGGCAAUCUCUCACGUGCGGUUGGCAUCAACUAUUACUGGCUCUAUCCAGACUAUUGCCACCCCGACACUGGCUACACCCUGUCCCGUCAAGCUGACCUCUGCUUCCAGGUGAACACUGGACAGAAUACUUGGGACAGGGCCAAUCAUGCAUGUGAGACGGAUGGGGGCUCGCUGAUUAAAGUGAACACACCAAGGAAAAUACAAUACAUCAGAAACCUGAUAACAUCCAACUCUGAGUACAAUUCCGUGGACUUCGCUAUUGGAGGAACUUUGCUAUCGGGUCAGUGGGCGUGGUCAGAUGGAUCAGAGAUCACCCAUGACGACUGGGCCGAAGGUCAAUCUCCCUUUGAUUCGAACAAGACACGUGUUGUUAUGGCGAUGGCCUCAGGUCACAAGUGGAAAAGCGUCACACCUACCGAAACAGUGGGUUAUAUCUGCCAGCUACCCUUCGUAUCGCUCAACCCAUACGUGUGAUACUGUGUCUGUGUGACAUUGUGGGACAUAUGUGGGACAUCGUGUACCAUCUUUGUAACGCGGAUGUUACCGGCAGGCCAAGACAUGAUUACCCUUUACACGAACACCUGGUGUCAUCACUGAUUUUCAGCCAUUUUCCCCUUUACGUCAAAUGGAAUAUGUUUCGGCGGAAACAUAUAUAGGUAGGGCUCCCGGUGAAGAUCCCGGUUAGAAGUGGUUUUCAGCAACCCAUGCUUGUCGUAAGAGACGACUAACCAUCUUCCCAAGUCAAGGGCGUUAACUGACUAUAAAAGU